AUGUUAUUGAUGCUGGGAGCGGGUCUGGGUUCGUGCCAGCCGCGGGGCAGGGAGCAGGGGCGGUGCUGGCCGGGCAGGGCGGGCCGGCUGCCAUCCAACACCCGCUCGGGUGUACUGCGCUCGGCCUCACACCCCGGGAGGAGGCCGGGCCGGGCCGGGCCGCAGCCCCGGGGCCGACCAGCGGGCAAGGCCGCGGGCAGGAGCACCGAGGCCGGGGCAGGAACCGGCCCGCAGGCCCAGGCCCACCGCCCGCACGGGCAGGAAGCGGCGCCGGGCAGAGACAGCGCUUCCGGGGCGGCAGCGGGGCCCGGGCCGCUCGGUAUGGAUGACAGGGAGGAUGAGAAGAGUAGAGCACGCCGUGCAACGUCGGAAGAAGGGCUGAAAGGCCGAGGAAAAGAGAAAAGGAAACGAAAGCGCAGUAGAAGCAGAUCAUCGUCCAUUUCAUCCACAUCGGCUUCUAGCACUACAUCCACUUCUUCCUCCUCAUCACGCUCAUCAUCGAGGUCAUCUUCAAGUAGCAGAGAUUCUCCUAAGUCUAAAUCAAAGAAAAAGAAAAAAGAAAAGCACAACAAAAAGAAAAGGAAAAAAGAUAGCAAAAUGAAGAAAAAGAAAGAAAAGAAGAAGAAGAAGGAGAAAACAGGACCAGUCCAGCUUUCCAAGUUCUUUAAAAACAAAAAGAAGAAUGAAAACUACAGCAUGAUAACUGGAAAGAAAAUUAAAAUGAGAAUAAAGAAGACUAAGAAGGAUCUAGAGAGGGACCGGAACCGUGCACAACUCCUUGAAUUCCUGAACUCUGCCUUGUAAUGGGAAGAGUGCUGAGCCAGGACUUGUAACUAUACCAAGCCAACGGUCUUCAUGCCUAGCGAAACACUAAAGGGAAACUCAGGGAAAAGGACAUCAAGUUUGGCAAGAGUGGACUUUCCUGCUGAGAAGACAAUCAGGAUGUCCUUUGUUUAAUGGCAAAAAGAAGAGUAACUGAUAACUUGCUAAUGAAGAUCCAUGUCCUCCUUUUGAGAUCCUAAGGUAAUAGCUAGGCUGUGGUGUUUUAGAAGAGCCUAAGAGUGUGGCAUUGAUGAUAAAUGACACACUGAAAUCUAGUAAUGUAAUUUCUAUCCUAACUGCAUGCAGAGCAUACUCUUAAUUUCAAGUAUCUCCAUGUUUCUAGUAGUUUAAGCAAAGCAGAGUGUUAGUAAAUGUCUGAAAGCUGAAGCAUUUCUGUAUGUUUGUGUUUUCCAGUGGUGCUUUUACUUGUCCUAAAGAGCAAAUUGACCUUUGUAAAUAGAACAUGUUUUUACAUAAAUGAGUUUUUGGCAGUUCA